UCACAAUUCAGCCACCCAAGUAAAAGAAAUGAAACGAAAAAAAAAAAGGAAGAAAAAACACAAAACACAGAUUCCACGUCUUGGGAGUCAUAUUCGCCUGAAUAUUCUCCAGUGUUUUCCGUAAUUCGUCCCCUUUCUAUGGGCUUAGGCCCGGUCAUGAACGUGGGCUUAAUCAACGAUUUACGCUAAAUGAAGUCAUUAGUUUUACAGCCAAUCAGUUAAUCAACCGACCGCGACGUGUGCUUCGGUUUCACUCUACCUUCUCACAAAGCCAAGAAAGCAGCUAUAAAAGUUGAGAGCACGAACACAUGCACCAUCACUCUAUCAUCGCCAAUUCCACCCCUGCAUCAUUCACAUUUUCCCUUAUCAUCUUUCCAAUUUUACAUCACUCUUAGAUCCUAAGUUUUCGAAGGAGAAGUUCCGAAUUCUUCAUCAAUGGCUGCUGCUGCGACUUUGAAUCCCACCGAUGCUCAGAAGCUCGAGAAGCUCAAAUCUGCUACUGCCAGUCUCACUCAAAUCAGUGAGAAUGAGAAGGCUGGAUUCAUCAACCUCGUCUCUCGCUAUCUGAGCGGUGAAGCUCAGCAUGUUGAUUGGAGCAAGAUCCAGACACCCACAGAUGAGGUUGUGGUGCCUUAUGAUACCUUGGCACCUGUACCUGAAGAUCCUGCCGAAACAAAGAAGCUUUUAGACAAACUUGUGGUGUUGAAGCUUAAUGGUGGACUGGGAACGACGAUGGGUUGCACUGGUCCAAAGUCUGUAAUUGAAGUUCGCAAUGGAUUGACAUUCCUUGACUUAAUAGUUAUUCAGAUUGAGACACUAAACAAGAAAUAUGGAUGCAAUGUGCCCUUGCUUCUUAUGAACUCUUUCAAUACUCAUGAUGAUACUUUGAAGAUUGUAGAAAAAUACACCAAGUCCAAUAUUGAAAUUCAUACAUUUAAUCAGAGUCAGUAUCCACGAUUGGUGGUUGAAGAUUUCUUGCCAUUUCCAAGCAAAGGAAACACUGGCAAGGAUGCAUGGUACCCUCCUGGCCACGGAGAUGUGUUUCCAGCCCUGAUGAACAGUGGCAAGCUAGAUGCUUUAAUAUCAGCGGGCAAGGAAUAUGUCUUCAUUGCCAAUUCUGAUAAUUUGGGUGCGAUAACGGAUUUGAAAAUUUUAAACCAUCUGCUCAGUAACAAGAAUGAGUACUGCAUGGAGGUUACUCCGAAAACGUUGGCUGAUGUCAAAGGAGGUACACUGAUUUCCUACGAAGGCAGAGUGCAGCUCCUGGAAAUCGCCCAAGUUCCUGAUGAACAUGUAAAUGAAUUCAAGUCAAUUGAGAAGUUCAAAAUUUUCAAUACAAACAAUUUAUGGGUGAACUUAAAAGCAAUCAAAAGACUUGUUGAAGCACAAGCCUUGAAGAUGGAGAUUAUUCCAAACCCCAAGGAAGUGGAUGGCGUCAAGGUUCUUCAAUUAGAGACUGCUGCCGGUGCUGCAAUAAGGUUCUUUGACAGGGCCAUUGGCAUCAAUGUCCCUCGAUCUCGCUUCCUCCCCGUAAAAGCCACCUCUGAUCUGCUUCUGGUUCAGUCCGACCUUUACACGUUGUCUGAAGAUGGCUAUGUGGUGAGAAAUGAGGCUAGGACUAAUCCAGCUAAUCCUACUAUUGAAUUGGGACCUGAAUUUAAGAAGGUUGGCAACUUCUUAAGUCGGUUCAAGUCCAUUCCCAGUAUUGUUGAAUUAGAUAGCUUGAAGGUCACUGGGGAUGUGUGGUUUGGAGCUGGUAUCACCCUCAAGGGAAAAGUGACGAUUACUGCUAAACCUGGAUCUAACUUGGAAAUUCCAGAUGGAGUUGUGAUAGCAAACAAGGACAUCAAUGGUCCAGAAGAUAUAUAGAAAGGUCCGAUCCAGCAGUGCUCCAUCAGUUAUGAAAGCUCUA